AUGUCGACCAUCAACAACAGUGCCACACCCGCCGCCGCUUCGGCUAAUGCCCAGAUACUGCCAACAGAAGUGCGCUGCUCGUACCCGAGCAAGCUUUGUAACAACCACCGCGCCGUGAAGGACAACGGGGAUUUGCACAAACUUUGCGACUUCCACCGAAAGAAAGCCAAUGUGAACCAGCAGCGCAUGCAGCAGAAACGCCGUCUCAUUCGUCAGCAAAUGGUGGAGCGCAAGAAACGCUUCAUGGAUGCUGCUCAGGCCCCUAUGGAGUACAACGCUGUCACCAACAUGAUGGAGCCAAAGGAGCCGAUCUGCAACCUCUCACAAGAGGAAGUGAUGAUGCUGGAGGCUAUGCUCUUUGACGACGAGGACUGCGACGGUGAGAGCGCUGCAUUCUUGGCCGAUUUCCCGAUGAAUAUGCCCAUGAACGCUUACCCGGCACCGGGCAUGCAGUCAGGCAACAUGUCACUGUAG